GGAGCGUCCAUAGUUUUCGGAGGCGGUACUCCUACUUUGCCUUCCCUAUGUGAAAAUAAAUAGAAAAAUAGUAGAAAAACAAGAAUGGGCCACAUUUAGUGUCUGAAAAUGGCGAGUAAUGUUGAAAGCGGCAAGAGAAGACAACCGCCUCGUGACGCUGAACCGAUGACGCGAGCAAAAGACAGCGGGGCUGGUGCGCAGGUGUCCCGCACUAGGACCAACGACAACGACGACAUUCGGCUAGAGGUGUCACCAGGCCAAGAUAUCGCACUUGCCGACAAUGCGGCAACAGGACCCGGCCAGAAGAAAUCUAGAGCCGACGACAUGACGAUACGCGUACUUGAAAGCACCGACAUAUUGAGAUCAGGCGAAGGUGCGUGCGAGAGAAGACCGGUGGCAGCUUGCUCGACGUCCUCUCAAGGACGAGUGCCCGACGACCACGGGAAUGACCCUGUUUCCGAUAAUGCUGAUGAUAUCAGCGCAAAAUUAAUGCUGGCAGAGCUUCGGAACACAGCGGCUCAACUGAAGGACAAGGCAACACGUGUCGAUAGGGU